AUGACAAAAAAUUGGACUUUUGCUCUUUUAAAACCAGAUGCUGUAGCUAAUCCAAUAUCUCUUGGUUGGCUUUUGGAUGCUUUAAAUAAAAAUGGUUUAAUUAUUGAAAUGGGUUGUCGACUAAAUUUGUCGAAAGAUCAAGUUUCUGAUCUGUAUGAGUUUCACAAGAAUUCGUUUUAUUUCAAUCGAUCACUCAAUCAUUUACGUUCUGGACCUGUAAUAGCUAUGAAAUUAAUUUUAAAUGAAGAACAACACCAACAAAACUCAAAAGAUGAAGCUUUAAAACGUUGGAGAAAAUUACUUGGACCUGCAAAAUUUGGAAAAAUGUAUUUGGCACAAGUUGGGGAUUUUGAUGAAAUUGAUAGCAGAAAGGGAAAUUUUAGACAAUUAUUUGGACUUUCUGACAGCAGGAAUUUUGGUUUGUUUUAUUAUUUUUUAAUUUUUAGAGAGAUUGGGACGGGUCAACCACCGUAA